CAAAGAACAUCACAUUUGAGCAAAAUCAUUCAUAGAUUCAUGUUGAAAAAACAUAAUCACAUUAUGGCCAUCAAUUAAAAUCUCAUAGAAUUAGAUCUUAGUUUUAACACCAUAACAAAUUGAUAAGAGUAAGAUCACUUUUCUAAAAGUAAAAAUUAAAUGUCAAAAAGAUACAUAAACUUAUAUACAAAAUAAAUUAAUAUAGAUUAUUAAACUAAUAUAUAGCAUCAUUGUUAAUAUCUUAAUUUUACAUAUAUUUUCCUGAUUUUUCUAUAUCCUUCUCGUUCUUCUACAAUUUCCAAAUCCUUUUUGAUAUGUUUCCAUAAUCCUAAUACUAUCGAAACCAAAGAGAGACGAACUGAAUCAAAUCCUUUCUAGUUAUCUCAACACCAUUAACGAUACUCUCCAGUUGUUCAAGCACUCACCGCCUCCGACACAAGUCAAAAUAAACUGGAACGAUGUACUUCAGAUGUCUGAUCACCUCUCCAGACAAGCCACCAUAGUGGGAAUGCUAUGGACUGGAGAACCUCCAAAAGCUGAAGCAUUGAAAGAGACAACGGAGUCAUACUACAACACCCUUCAAGGAUUCUUGCUGCUUUGCCAUGGAAGCAUGGUUGGUGCUGGUCCUACACUUUCUUCAUCCAUACAAGCCUCUGUGAAGCAGAUUGUUGAUUCUAGCUGCAAGUUGCUGCAUGAUUCUGUCUCCUUAUACGGUAAAAUAGCGAAAAGUCUUAUCUCUUCUUCUGGCUAUUAUUGAUUUUAAGAUUACACUUAAACUGUGAAUGAUGUUUUCUCAUAUGAGAAAGACAGGAAGCCGAAUAUUCCGCAGCUUACAGGAGCAGUGUGGGAGGCAUGCUCUAACUAAGGUUCCUACAACAAACAUCAAAAGCCAUUGGCCGUUCAAUGACACAGGUUGUUGUUUCCAUGAAGGAUGUUCUUAGGGAGAUGAAGGAGCUGAGAACAUCACCCGAGCAUGAUGUUUCUGCAAACUCAGAUGAAGAUGAUGAUGAUUUAGGCGAUGACUUGUCUUCUGAAGAGCUGGAAGUUGCUGCAUUGGUAGCUGAUGUCGUCUCUGAGACACUCAUGGUGGUGAAAGAACUCAUCCGGGCUAUUGUAAGCAUGAUUAAGAUGGAGAAUCUAGAGGACAAGGGUGAGUUUGUGGACUCGUUUGAGAGGCUACUCAAGUUAUGUCAAGGAACAGGAGAUCAGAUUGAUGAGCUUGGAGCCUGUGUUUAUCCCCCACAGGAGCUGAGUCUCAUGAAGCAAAUAUUGGAGAGAAUAAAUGGAAACAUUGGUGAGAUGGAGGCUGAUGUUAAGGGUUUCAUGAACUCUUCUUCAUCAGAAGCUUUCUUAGGAACAUGCAGAAGGCUGCAGAGUUUGAUUGAACAUAUGGAGACCAAUCUAGACACAAGAACUGAAGCUGAAGUAGUUUCUGUUGGACCAUAAAACCGCCACCAAGUUUCCUGCGACCAUUAAACGCCAAAAGAUCAAGUCAAAAGAAUUAGUCAUUAGUCUCCUAUUAUCUCGGCAACUUGCGAGCUAAAGAAGAAGUCAAAGCUGGAAAAAACGAGGCAUGUUUAACAACUAAGCAACAGAUAAAGAGUUCUAUAAAAGGACAAGAGAGUUAUCUUCUCAAUGAGGAGGGCACCUCUCGAGGGAAAGGACAAGAAAUAGAACCACAUUCCAUUAUUCCAUUGUAUAGAAAAGACAAGACUUAUCACCACUUGAGAGAAGAGCC